UUGCCUCGGCGUACCACACGGACAAACGAUUGUCAAUGGACUAUUUGAGACGGAUUUCAGUCUGCUUCUGCGACGGUUCCCUGCGUUUCGGCUGUCUGGGUUUUUUUUUUUCCUUUUUUUUUUGUUACUUGUUUGCAACCAAAUUCCUAUCCGGAUGGAAAGGAGAGCCACAAAGAGAAAGGACUAAUUUCCAAACAAAAUGCCGCCACAUUGACUCUUUUCUCUGAAGUGACUAAGUGAAUGCAGCCGAGUGUUCUUCUUUAUCACAUGGGAUCACUGCGGAGUCUUUAGGACGUCUUGUUUUCUUCCAUGCCCGGACUGUGGUCCAGUAUAAGCUCAGCGGACCUCAGUCUUUAUAAACUUGUCAGGGACCUGCGGGCAUGGGAGAAGCGACCCCCGCUCAGUCUGCUGCAGGGACAUACGUACCCAUGUUGGGUGUUGGCUUAGGAGCUAUGCCCGGUGGGGUCAGCAACGGGCCGGUGAUGGCCACUUCCAGGGGCUCCGCGGUACCACAACUGCACAACGCCAUAGUGGAGCGUUUACGCGCCCGGAUAGAGCUGUGCAGGAGGCACCACUCUACCUGCGAGAACCGCUACCAGAGAGGUCAGGCCGAGAGCUCUGACAGGGAGCACGAGAGCACGCUUCAGCUGCUCAACAUAGUCCACCAAGGUCCUGGGAACCGCAAGGCAAAGGGUAGCCGGGGAUCGAACCAGCAGCCACCAGAGUACAGCAGAGCUAACGGAGAGCGAAAGGGCUCAGACGGUGAGCAGAAGAUCUCCACACGCAUAGCGCUGCAUGGGUCUUUGCGAAGGAAGAUCGAGGGGCACGCUCCAGGACAAACACCAAAGCAAAAUGGCCUCUCCUGUAGUUUCUCUGGAUCAGACUUUAAGCGGGUCCGUGUGGACAGCGGUGGUCUGGGACACGGGACCUGUAACCACAACAUGGUCCAGUCUCAUUCUCUGCAAGGGUCCUCAGCCAUGGGCAUGCAGAGGAAGAAUUACAUGAUGCCUCAUGGACUGGGGUCAGACAUAUUCAACAUGACCCUGAAAGAAAUGAAGAAAGAGCCCUCUGAGAUCCAGUCUUGUGACCAGUCAAAUGCAGAGAUGAUCUUUGACUUCAAAGAUGAAGGUAGUGGUCAGAUUGAUCCAGAGCUCCAGGAUCUCUUCGAUGAGCUGACAAAGACAGUGCCUCCACUGAAUGACCUGGAGUUUGAAAAGAUGCUAAAGCAGGAUGAUACAUUUGGGUUGGAUCUAGGACGACCGAGCUCAGCCGGAGCAGCUGCCAGUCUGUGUUCUCCGAUGGAGAAGCCGAUAAAGACGGAGCACUCACCAGAUUUUGGGCAGGUUCAUUGUGGCUCACCACAGCUUCGACCGGCCUCGGCAGGGCCCACUUUCACAUUGACCAGCACCUCUUCAACCACCACGUCGCAGAAAGCUAACACUCAGGCAGGACACCCCAGGAUGCCCUGCUGGCCUGAAAUAUCCCACGCGGAGCAGCUAAAGCAGAUGGCGGCAAACCAGCAGCAACCGAAUUCUCUUCUCCAUCACCACCACCACCAAGCCCCACCUGUGGCACUGACCAGCUGGGCUCCCGCCAUGAGCACCCACUCCUCCACCAGCACCUUCCCCCAAGACAAGGUCUCCAGCCCAGCCCCACUAAACCAGCAGAGGAUUGGGUCUCACAGUAAAGGGAUCAACAACUGUCUCUUCAAGUCAAACAGCCACAAUGGCUCCAGUCAUUUGGACAUGAAGGUUCUCAGCACCAAGCCUGCAUUGCACUUCAGCCCCAAAGUACCCCAUUCUGCCAGCCAGCCCAUGUCUAUCAUCGCUAAUCCAGUGAACAAGACAGAACAGCAGCAACCGUCAUCUUCACCGGGCCCGAAUCAGCCACAUUCAGCUCUCCAUUUCCAGAACCAACAAAUCUCCACAUCAGGAGCCCUUUGUCUGCAACCCAAGAAUGCUCAUUCAGGGCUGCCAUUCAGACCAUCGCAGCAGCGACAGGGUGUUCCUGCUGGUCCAAGGCUGCCCACUAAUGGAAGCUUAGGAGUCAUGCCAGCCCAGUCGCAGCCACGACCCUCAGCCCCCAACAACCAGCAGAAAGGCCCAGCAAAGACUCAGGCCAUGCAAAGACAGCUUAACCAACCACAGCACACCAUCUGCAAUUCAGACAAAGAUAAUACGCACGAUCAGUUCAGUCGUCAUCUGACAAGACCGCCGCCAGAUUACAAGCAGACGAGAAGUAUAGUUGGAGUUCAGCAGGGAAACGUCUUCCCAGGUCAAAACUCCUCCCAGUCUCCCAACAGUGGCCCCGAGAAGAGCCUACAAUCUUGUCACCUCCCAAGUGGUUCUGCUUCAAAGAUGAGUCCUUCACCAUCAGACCGCAGAUUCAGUAUCGGGACCGAUUGUCACCCUAGCUCUUGCAUCAGCCAGUGCCAGCAGCAAAACAGUCACAGUCGAAUUGGACUGAAUCAGAGUAAACCCAGGUUCCAGGGUCCAAACACACAAGGAAAGUCCUUUGGGAUGAACAGCGUGGCAGGUGUACAACAACACCAGAGAUCGAUGCCUGACUUGCGCUGCUCUGUGCCAGGACAGGGUGUAGGAGGCUUGAUGACAAAUGUCAACAUGGGCUGGGGUUCAGCCAACAAGCAAGUGACAGCCGGACUCGGUGUCAGGCAGCUACCCAACCCGCUGCAGUCUCAGGGUGUGCCGGACUUGCCGAACCAUCCAUACCAACAGAGACACAUCGCCCCACCCAACCAGGUAGCACCAGACAUCGGCAUGCACCCUCUAAACCCUUCACUAAGAGACAUAGGCCCAAGAGUAAGCCAGCCAAUGAUGGGCUCGCCAUCUGGGGUGGGAAACCUGAACCAGGCCUCGCCUGAACAGAGGGUACCAGCAGGGAACUUUGCAGAGCCCAGUCCCCGCUCGAGCAGCUUCCAUAAUAACAGAACCAACCGUCUGACCUUUGACUUCCUCCCAGAGGGAGACAACACAGUUCCGGGAAUCAACGCCGACUCGGACUUCAUAGAUUCCCUGCUCAAAUCUGGCUCUGGAAAUGACGACUGGAUGAAAGAUAUAAAUUUGGAUGAGAUUCUCGGCAGUCACUCAUGAAUUUGGGUCACAAAUGACUAAAAAUGGACCCACAGCUCGUGUUGCGGAGGCCAUGUAUGUAAGGUGGAAGGGAUAACAUUCGUAAGUAAUAUUAAAAUGGAAUUUUAUAGACUGAUUAUUAUUACCCAGAUAUACUGAAUUGUUUUGUAUUGUAUUUACUGUGAAAUUAAAUUGUGUUCUGUCCUAAGUACUCUGCAUAUCCCUUCCUGGUAUAUUGGCUGAGAAACUGCUUUUCUAUGCAGUCGCUGUUUUUGUGGUCUGUGUUUCAUGCUCCAGUGCUGUCUUAUAGGCUAAAAUCCACACUGUGAAAAUAUUGCUGUUAUUUUCCUUUUCAUCCUGGUUUGUGUUCUCAGUCCAGCGUCACACGGUUUUAGCUUUCCAGUGUUUUGCUGCCGUACACGAGCAGUCUGUGCCACCGCACGUUUUUCUUUACUUCAUUUUUGUUCAAGCCUUUUCAUCUGUGGUAGUUUUCAACGCAGUUUAAAUUAUGUAACCUUUUUUUUUCUC